AUGAUUUCGCAGAUUGUAUCCAUUAUAUCGUCCAAUAAUUUGUACGACAAAGUAAUCGUUUCUUCUUUUUUUCCUUGGGUUUCAUAUUUCCUCAAGGAUGCAGAUCCGAAAAUUCUGACGGGGAUAACGUGGCGUCCAUAUUUCUUCUCAUAUAAGGAUUUGAGAUGUCGUGUUCCACGAUUUUCCGGUCUUAUUCACAUACUGGCACUGACGCUGGAUUAUGUAAAUAUGAAACUGUUGGACAGUUUGUUUCUGCGUUUUCUUGGAAUCGAAAUGUUACUGACAUAUGAAGCAGAAAUAUCCACGUAUGUUUUUCCAUUCAUCGACAAAACCUCGUAG